CACGAGAUGCCGCUCGAUCAGCCUGCGACUCCCUUUGUCAUUGCCGCGGCAGCAACGAGAGCGACCGCUUCAGCCCGACUGUCGACAUCAUUCGGCCCGCAGAAGCCAUGAGAGCGAGCGACGGCACCGCAGCGACCCUCAAGGUCAACGCUCCGCCAUCGAGCGUCGCCAUUGUCCCUGCCCGCACGCCCGACGCCAUCGCCAGCACCCGCUCGCUCUUUCUGGAGUAUACGGCGUGGCUGAACAUAGACCUGUCGUUUCAAUCGUUCGAAGACGAGCUCGCGGGCUUGCCUGGCAAGUACUCGCCGGAGAAGGGAGGGGAGAUACUGCUGGCGGUGUUGGAACGAGGAACACAGCAGAGGACGACGGUCCGCGAGAGCCCGUCGACUACUAGCGUUGAUGGUGCGUCGGCCGGUCUCGGUGGCUCAUCGAGCGGCUCGUACCGGGUCUGCUCCUCUGGCCCAGCGGCGCCAAUGGGUGCUGGAGAUGGCAACGACGAACCCCUCGACGUCGAGACUGUCGGCUGUAUUGCUCUCCGCGACAUCACGCCCGCUUCGAGCACCAGCGUCUCUCACAGACGCAUCGCCGAGGUCAAGAGGCUGUAUGUGCGGCCGGCAGGUCGAGGGUCGGGGGUCGGGAAGAAGCUGGUCAAGGGGAUACUGGACACGGCGAGACAGCUGGGCUAUGCUGAGGUGUUGCUUGACACGCUGCCAAACAUGGAGGGAGCCAUCAAGCUGUACACGCAGAGCGGGUUCGUGGAGACGCAGAAGUAUUACGAUACGACGCUGGAGGAGACCAUCUUCAUGCGAUGCGUGCUGGAAGAGGAGCUGAGCGACGCGACGGGUGCCGAUGGUGGUGGGCGGCAGUAGGAGAGACGCGAGAAUACGAGAGAGAACAAGAGACGUGGCAUAGUUGAUGAAACGCGUUUCGUCAUGUCGCGACGCC